AUGUCCUUGUACAAGCUCCAACUGCCGGUCUCCAGUAUCUGGCUGGUUAUCUUGGGCAACCUGGGGGUCUUGCUUGUGUUGCUGUCAAGAGCUUCAUUUGACAGCUUGGACACCGGGGAUUGCAUCCAACAGUCCUCAUAUGUUCUUAUUUGGCUGGAGGUUGCUUUCAGCAGCAGCUGCGUAAUCGCAGCCGUGGGCACGCAGGUGGCUUUGAAGAUGAAUGAGCGUCAGCGGAUUCGCUACAGACGUGCAACGACAGAGCUUGAUGCUGCCACAUCGCUCCUAGAACUGACUUGUGAUGCUGUUGUGGAGCUCGACGAGGACCUGCGUCUCACGGACCAUUCCUCGGAGUUGGCGGCGAUUUUACUGAGGAAGCCCGAUUCCUCUCUGGCAGGCCACAGCUUUUUGGAGUUUGUGGCCAGCUCUCCCGAACAAGUCAGCGUUCGGCACAUGCUCUCUGCUUCAGCACGCGGCGCGCAGCAUGUCAACGAAUCUUCCGCAAAUGCAUUUCAUACCCGGUUGGCCGACAGCUGCCGCAGCAAGUUUCGCACAGAGGUGUUCCACGUGAGCUUUCGACGGGAAGAUGGUCAGCAGUAUCAUUUGCUUGGAUUGCGAGAUUUCACAGACCAGAAAUCCUUGGCCAAGGCCCAUCCAAAUAAUCAUGGCGACGGCACGACUGUAGGCAAGCGACUUGGGCGCUAUACCACCGCGGACGUCAGCCCGAACUGUCAAGGGGGCACCAACCCCCUGGAUGAGGUCGAAAAGAGUCGUCCGAUUUCCCUGAUCUUCGACAUGGAUAGCCAAGUUGUGGAUGCAGCUUCAUGUCGGGCCUGCUUCUUGGUCGGGCAGCGAUUGGACGACCUCUUUCCAAAUUCGGGCCACGAGCUCUUCCAGACUUUCUGGGCCCGCAUGGUGCCGUACUUUCAAACGCACGAAAUGGAAGCAGUCACACGCGCCUUACAGCGCUUCGACAAAUUGCCGGUGCAGUGGGCUCCUUCUUUAAAUGCUCACAUCGACGGCACGGUGGAGUUGAUUCAAUUGUGGAGGGGUGGGCGGGACGAAGCCUUGGCAUUUUGCCAGGUGCACCUUUGUCUGACAAGGAUCGAGAGGAUCCUGCAGCUUGCAGCUUCUUUUCCCGGCUGCUGGCGCAUUGUGAUCGUGCGACGGAAAGAGCUUUGGGAGCGCAGACAGAAGCACCUGCUGGCCGAGGUUCAGACCGUGGCCCGGAAGCUCACGCAGAAGCGCCUGAUGGAGGUGCUGGCCGAAAAGGACGAGGUACGCACAACAUAUACGGGACUGCCUGAGAACGCCGAAGAGAAACUCCGAGAACUCCGCGACAAGUCGCAGGCCGAGAUCGACAGAGCCGUCGACGCAGAGCGACUGAAGCUGAUCGGGAUCCAGAAGUGCUCUGAAAGGCAUGAGAAAAUUUUGAAGCAAGUGGAUAAGCAGCGAGCAGAACAGCAUGAGAAGCUCGUAGAGUCCAUGAAGGCCCGGCAAGCAAAGAGAGACAAACAGGCAGAGGCGAUGGAUAAGAACCUCAAAGACAUGCGCAAGGAGAGUGGCCAGCUCAUCCGGAAACUGAAUCAGGCCUUCAAGAAGGUGGAUGAGCACAAAGCGCAGACGCUGGAGAAUUGGCAGCGGGUAAAGGAAGACCAUGAGGAGCACAUUCGAAGUGUACAAGAGCGACGAGAGCACAUGCUCAUCUCAUCCCAGGAGGAGAUGGUGGAAACCUACUUGGACAAGGAAUGGCGCACACGGGAGCGACUGGAUGAGAAGCGCGAACGUGAGCUGGAAAAGGCGGAGCAGGGCCAAGCGGACUUCAUGGAAAAAAUCGAUAAGUCCCGCGCGAAGCUCCAGGCGCAGCAGAAGAAGCGCGAGGAGAAGUUCAUCGAAGCCAUGGCACGUCAUGCGAAAGCUCGUGAGGAGCUGGCCGCCAGAUAUGCCGACAGGGUCGAAAAGGUGAAAGAGAGCUUGACGAAGCACUUCGAGAAACGAGACCAGGUAUUGGCCAACGAGCGACGGGAGAAGCUCGUGAAGCGGCGUCAGGUGCUGAAGAAGCUGAAGCAGGUCAUCGGACCCGAUUCCCCGAGGAGGAUCCAGUACAUCCAGGAGGAGGUGCAGAGGAGGGUCGAUCAGCGUGAGACGAUGGGUGAGAUCGUGCAGCAGAACCUGCUCCGAAUUCAGCGUCAGGAAGAGUGGAAGCAUGAGGAGCUUUUGACGAGGAUUGAGGACAACAACGCGCGCGUGGAGCGGAUCCAUGAGGACAGGGCCAUGAUGCUGGAGCAGCAUACCAUGGUCCUCAAAGAGGCCAUGAUCGCCAAGGCACGAAUCCAGGACGAGCUGCGGUGCAUGAAGGUGGUUGCCAUCGAGCCGCAAGAGAGCGAGGAAAAAGAGAAGGAGGUCAAGUGA